UUCCCCCCCUUUUUUUUAAUUCCUAUGGCUUCUUCUUCUUCCUCUAGUGUGUCAUGCGGUGGCGGUGGCAGUGGCGGUGGCGGUGGUAGUGGCGGGUCGCCUUGUGGAGCAUGCAAGUUUCUAAGGAGAAAAUGUGUGGCUGAUUGUAUAUUUGCUCCUUACUUUUGCUCAGAGCAAGGGGCUGCAAGAUUUGCUGCCAUUCAUAAAGUGUUUGGUGCAAGUAAUGUUUCAAAGUUGUUGCUUCAUGUUCCUGUUCAUGAUCGAUGUGAAGCUGUUGUUACUAUUGCUUAUGAAGCUCAAGCAAGGAUUCAUGAUCCUGUUUAUGGUUGUGUUGCUCAUAUUUUUGCUCUCCAACAACAGGUGGCCUACUUACAAACACAGCUGAUGCAAGCCAAGGCUCAACUGGCACAAACUCUAAUGGAUUCAAGAGGCAAUAUGGAGAUUCAAUGGACAGAAAAUUUCAAUAACAAUCUCUCCAAUGGAAUCCCAAAUAACUUUCAAAAUAAUUAUCAAACUCAGAUUAUGAACAACAACCCAGCAGUUUCCCCUCAAAGCUCUCUAGAAUCAGCUGCCAACAAUGAUGAAGCAUUAUUAUUCAUUAACCAAAUUCAUAAUUUUCAUGAGAGCCAAAGCAGAUCACCAGAAGAAUCUCAAUUUCUUCAACCCUUCCCUACAAAAAAACUACCUUCUUCUCAUGUUCAUGAUCUUGGGGAACUCCAAGCUUUGGCCCUUAGAAUGAUGAGAAACUAAUGAAAAAAAGGGUUUAAUUUAAUUUCAUUGUUUUCUGAAAGACAAUG